AUGCCCGGCCAUCUGGUUGAAUGCCCUUUAUAUUCUGAUGAUCCGCCACACGAGAUCAGGACCACUGCCGCACCAGCCUCGCCAGCCAGGAUCGAGCUGGAGCCCCGUGGAAUCUUAGGCCCUAACGAGACGGCCGCAGAGGACGAUUCCAUUCUCUGUGUCUACCCGAUAAGCGGACAGUACGGCUUUCUAUCGCGACUGUUGUACUACGGCUCCCUCGUCUUUGCCAUCGUCGGACGAACCCAGAAAUGGCUUGUCCUUGGAGCGUUGGCCUCUGCCCUGGCCUUUGCCGGCUCGACUUCGAUCCAUAUGCUGACGCUCGUCACCUCCAAGGCGCCGGCCUUUGACCUCGACAUCCUCGCCGCCUGGUCGAUCUUAACUACGGGAUGUCUGGCCUUUGCGGCACUGAUCCACUGGUCAUCAUCCGUCCGGAACUCGGACUCUCGAGUAGUGCUGAUUCUGUGGGGUGCACUGGUAGGAGUAGGCUGUGUGACGGGAAGGGCGUUGCUGCUGGAUGUCAACUCCCAGGCGGAACCAGCCUGCAGGUCCACGAACGGGACGCUGUUGACGACGCAGUCUGAGCUGGGAAGCGGCAUGUUUAACUGCACCUACAAGUGUUUCGGGGCCCGGACACCGCUUCGAGCUCCAUCCGAGAUCACGGUGAUGCCGGCAAACGUGUUUGUCGGGACGUAUUCCACCCUAACGGUGGCAUUGAUGGGCCCAAUCCUUGCAGCCGCUCACAAGUCCCUCUCGGUGAACUUCUCCGUUCACUCGCCCUCCGAUCUAUGUGCACACUGGGUCCUGGGCUACCUGAACCAUUCCCUAAACUCCCGGCUGUCACAGCACAUCUACAACGCCGCCUGCUCGACCUGGUAUGGCGGGUACAUCCUCUUGCUGCAGUAUACGCGCAGAGCGAAGUUCAGGUCAUACCUGAGGCGCCGGGUAGCCAUCAUGGUCAUCUGUCCGCUGCUCGUCAUCGAUCUACUCCUGGACAUUCUGACGCCCUUUAUCUUCUUCGCAAACAUCGUGGUCAACGAGAUCAACUUGAUGACCAACAGGUUUCCCGUCGAGGAAGGAAUUCGUUCAAUCGGCCAGUGGUCGCCCAUGGUUUCUGCAGCCCUGGUCAUCGUGGCCUCCAUCGUCAACCAACUGACGAAACGGCACCGGACGUUGAAGGAGAAGAAAAAGGCAGCCCAGUCAACCGAUCCUCACUCUGGACUCCCGGUCUGGUCUCGAGCCCAGACAUGUGAAUCGCAGGCCUCGGUUAGUCCGCUGGUGCGCCAUGAAUGCCGUCACGGAUACCAGAUCGAUCGGAAAUCGGACCAUCAGGAGGACGGGGUUGUCGAGAGAGACCUCAGUCGCCAGGAGACCCUGUACACCGAGCUUGAACACUACCCCAAGCAGUCCCCCAGGGCAUACAUACGGCCCUAG